AUGGGUGCUGCAGCUUCAAAACAGAACACCGCUGCGCCGACAGCACCACCGGCUGAAGACAAGCAGGCAACUCAUCUUCAGUUCGGUCGCUCCCUCCUCAACCAACUCGACAAGUCCUCCGUCGACACCGUCUCUGGCCCGGACGCCUCGCGCCAAGCAACACUCGACACCUCCAUCCAAGCCAAGAUCAAGUCCGAGCUCGACCGUCUACGCAAAGAGGAGGCCGACGUCCGAUCCGAGAUCGAAAAGGCCAUCGAAAAGGAGAACCUCGCCAAGGAAUCUAAGUACCGCGGCGCAUCCGAAGGCAAGAACUCCAACGUGCUCCGACAAGAGCUUGAACAGCUCAGGGGAAAGAUCGACAAGUACAAUAAGCAGAAGGACAUCUCCAACUACGCCGGCGUCAAGGAGGCGCAGGAGAAGCUCGUGCAGUGCUACAAGUCGCAACCGGAGAGAACGUUGGAUUGCUGGAAGGAGGCCGAGGAGUUUAAGAAGGCAGUGGCCAAUGCUGAGAAGAAGUUCAUCUCUUCUUUCAGCUAG